CACCACUGAAUGAGACAAAAGCCUGGAGAGUUCAAAGGGGCAAAAGCAGACUGGCCCGCUUACACUACAGCUCGCUGGGUCUGAUGUGCAUUAAAUACCCGUGCUGCGCAAGGGGUGGAGAUGGAGAUAAGUUUUAACGCUGAAACAUGAGCGAUCGGAGCUCAGGCGAAUAAAUAAGGCACGCCAGGAGGGAUUGUCUUCUUUACGCGUGGAGAGAAGUUUUAAAAUCAGUUGCACGGACACAACAUUUGGGAAGUGGGAUGAAAAAACGGAGCACACGCUGAGCACCGUAGGCUCGUCCUUGCCCUCGUGGAUACUUGAGUUUGUCCGAAAUAGUACUAAAAAAGAAACAAUAUCUGUGGGAUAAACGUUGAGGGAGACCUCAAAAUAAACGAGGGACAACAUGAGAGAGUUACAUGUGCUGCGCAAAUGCUGGAGUCUGUGGACUGUGUUCAUGUGCGGCGUUAUGAGUGGAGUUCAUUCACAGGAAAGACAGGGUUACCUGAUUGCUGCACCAUCUGUGUUUCGUGCUGGCGUGGAAGAAGCCGUGAGCGUCACCCUCUUCAAUAUGGUGGAGGACACACGAGUACAACUACAGCUCAGCGUCAAGGGCGAGAUUGUGGCACACAGCCAUGGCACAGUAAGAGAUAAGGGCACCAUUAAAAUAAAGGUGCCAUCAGAUCUAAGAGGCCAGGCACAUCUGAAAGUUUGGGGGAACUGCCAGCUCAACGAGGGCGGCUACAUCUUCCAAAACCACACCACUGUGACGAUAGACAGCAAAGGCACAACAGUUUUCAUUCAGACUGACAAACCAGUCUAUAAGCCCCAACAAAAAGUACUUAUAAAUGUGUAUGCUGUCACGCCAGACCUAAAGCCCACCAGUGAAAAGCUUGAAGCAUACAUUGUGGACCCCAGAGGAUCCCACAUAGUCCAUUGGAAAGAUCUGAAGUCAAUUUGUUGUGGAAUUGUCAAUAUGAGCUUUCCACUAUCAGACCAACCAGUUUUUGGUGAAUGGUUAGUCUUUGUCGAGAUGCAAGGCCACACGUACAACAAAUCGUUUGAAGUGCAGAAGUACGUUAUGCCCAGGUUUGAGCUCAUCAUUGUACCACCUCCAUAUAUUCGAGAUCUCAAUUCUUGUGAACAGGUCACAGUCAAAGCAAGGUACACCUUUGGAAAACCAGUGUCAGGCAAAUUAACGGUUAAUAUGACUGUUAAUGGAGUAGGCUACUACAGACAUGAAGUAGGCCACCCAGUGGUGAAAUCAAUGGAGAUCAAAGGCUCCGCUUCUUUCAGCCUCUGUGUGAAGGACAUGAUGCCAAUAGAAGUUACAGAUCAUUUCCGAGGUGCAGUGAACAUGUGGGUCACAGUAAACAGUGUGGAUGGGGGGCAACAGACCAUGUUUGAUGAUUCAACACCUGUCCACAAGCAGCUCAUUGACAUCAAGUACUCCAAAGAUACUCGCAAACAGUUCAAACCUGGUCUUCCCUACAAGGGCAUGAUUGAGGUCACCUAUCCAGAUGGGAGCCCAGCGGAAGGAGUGCAUGUGCGGGUUAAGGCAGAACUUACUCCAAAAGACAACGUGUACACCAGCGAACUGGUCUCAAAAAAUGGGAAGGCCACUUUCGAGAUUCCCUCCAUUCCCACGGCUGCCCAGUACGUCUGGCUGGAGUCAAAAGUGACUGCCAUUGAUGGCAAGCCUGCAGGAGACCAGUAUCUCCCCAACUACCUGUCCAUCACUAGCUGGUAUUCUCCCAGCAAAUGCCACAUCCAGCUCCUAAGUCCCAGUGCUCCUCUAAUGAUUGGGCAAGAAGCAGAAAUCUUCCUGAAGUCCACCUGUCCUUGUAACUUCACCUUGCACUAUGAGAUUGCUUCCCGUGGGAAUAUCGUGCAGUCAGGUCAGAGGCAUGCGAACAGCACAACUCAUCGCGAAAAGAGAGCUACCAUAACCUUUGACACGAACAUUCACACAACUGCCAAACCCCAACAAGACUCAGACUCUUCUCAGGCUGAAAUGGACAGCUGCGUUUCAGUUCUGCAUUUCAAUGUGACUCCCCCCAUGGCCCCUCUCAGUCGCCUACUAGUCUACUAUGUUCGGGAAAAUGGAGAGGGAGUGACUGACAGUCUGCAACUUCCAGUGCAGUCCCGCUUCGAAAAUGAGAUCUCUGUGUCUUUGUCCACAAAUGAGUCGAUGCCAGGAAGCCCGAUCAGUCUGAAGGUUAAAGCAGAAAGUGGCUCAUGUGUAUGUGUAGCUUCUGUGGACAAAAGCAUGUACCUUCUCAAACCAGGCUUCCAGCUCACACCUGAAAAGGUGUUCAAGGAUCUGGCCGAGUUUGAUGUAUCUGAUGCCUUUGGGGUACCCAAAGAUGAGGGACAUUUUUGGUGGCCCGGAUUGUCUUCACGAAGGCGACGUUCCUCCGUGUUUCCAUGGCACUGGGACAUCACUAAAGAUGCCCGUUUUGCUUUUACGGAGACAGGGCUGGUGGUGAUGACAGACAUGGUGAGUCUCAAUCACAGACAGAGUGGAGGGAUGUACACAGACGAGGCCGUACCUGCGUUUCAACCACACACCUCUACCCUGGUGGCAGCUAUGCACUCCCGAUCUGGGACACGGGCAGAGAACCGUAGGCGUACAUUCUUUCCAGAAACAUGGAUAUGGCAUUGCUUUAAUGUCAGCAGUCUUAAUGGAGAAGCUGAAUUACACUUGGACAUCCCAGAUUCCAUCACCACAUGGGUGACAGAGGCUAUUGGUUUGUCUGCAGAAAAGGGUUUGGGCUUGGCUCGGACUGCAGAACUGCGUACAUUUAAGCCCUUCUUCAUCGACUUCACUCUGCCAUACAGCAUUGUUCGUGGUGAACAAACUAAAGUCCCGCUCACAGUAUACAACUACUUGCCUACAUGUUCAGAGGUCCAUGUGAAAGUGUCAGUGCCCAAAGGGAUCAAGUUUGUGGGUCACCCAGGGAAGCACCAUCUUACCCGGAAAAAGUGUGUGGCACCUGGGGAGGCCACGCCCACUUUUAUAGUUCUGCUGUUUUCUGAACUAGUGUCUGCCAACAUCACAGCUCGCGCUGUGGCCUACAGUGAGCCAAGUUGCUGCUCUGAUGGGCUGCAGUCCAGCAAAGCAAGCAAAGCGGGUGAGGAACAGGAAGACAGAAGCCCUGUGGGCAUGGAUUAUGUGCGCAGGAGUGUGCUGGUAGAGCCUGAAGGUUUGCCCAGAGAGUACACGUACAGCGUCUUUUUCUGUCCAAAUGAACGAAUCCACAUUUCCACACCCAACAAAUACGAGUAUCAAUAUGUGAAGAAGCCAGCCAAAGUCACGCAUGUCCAAGUGGCCAUCAAAAGUCACAAUGAUGCCCAUAUUGCCCUCUCUCCCAGCGCACAUGACAGCACUGAAAUGGUGGAGAUUGUGCUGGGUGGGCGGCAAAACUCGCGCUCCUGGAUCUCACGGGGAAAGAUGGGAGAGCCUGUAGUUAGCACCCCAACACCGGGAAUCCUGUCCUGGGAUGAGUUCCGCAGCUUUUGGAUCAGCUGGAGAGGAGGGGGAGUGCAGGUGGGACAUGGCCUAGAGCCAUCCAGUGAGACCACGAUUCUGCAAUUGGCCGGACCACUUACUAGUCAGGUGCGUCAUAUCGGUUUUUCCACUGGUUGGGGUUCCAUAGGUGAGUUCAGGAUCUGGCGCAAAGAAGAUGCUGAUGAGAACCACAAUGAGGCCUUCACUCUGGGAGUCCCACACAAUGUGGUGCCAGGCUCAGAGAGAGCCACCGCUGCCAUGAUUGGUGAUGUUAUGGGGCCCACCCUCAAUAACCUUGACAAGCUUCUAAGACUCCCCUUUGGUUGUGGGGAGCAGAACAUGAUCCACUUUGCUCCCAAUGUCUUUGUGCUGAAGUACCUUCAGAAAACCCAUCAGCUUAGCCUAGAGGUGGAGGCAGAGGCUACAGACUACCUACUUCAAGGUUAUCAGAGGCAACUGACAUACAAGAGGCAGGAUGGUUCCUACAGUGCCUUUGGGGAAAGAGAUUCCUCCGGAAGCAUGUGGUUGACAGCAUUCGUACUGAAAUCAUUUGCCCAGUCACGGGGUUUCAUCUUUAUUGAUCCAGAGGAACUGCGUGCUGCCAAAUCCUGGCUGAUAUCCAAUCAAAAGGAUGAAGGAUCAUUCCCAGCAAUGGGCCGAAUACUCAACAAAGACCUUCAGGGUGGGAUUCAUGGAAAGAUCUCCUUGACUGCAUAUGUGGUGGUGGCUCUUAUGGAAACUGGAAUUACAACAGAGGAGGAAAAUGUUGCUGUGGCUAAAGCGAAGGCAUUUUUGGAGAGCAACACUUACUCUGCUGACGACCCAUAUACAACCGCUCUAUCAGCAUAUGCACUCACUUUACUUCGCAGUCCUUAUGCUCCACUGGCUUUACGGAGACUUAAUCACAUGGCCAUUACCCAAGAUGGUUUCACUCAUUGGAGUCUUACUGGCAGGACAGAAACUGAUGAGGACACGUUCAUGGGAUUUAGCGAUGGCCUCUCCCAGUCAGUUGUGUCAGCCGAAGUUGAGAUGACAGCUUAUGGUCUACUCACCUACACACUUCUGGGUGAUGUGGCUUCAGCUCUUCCUGUAGUUAAAUGGUUGUCACAACAAAGGAACGCCCUGGGUGGUUUUUCCUCAACACAGGACACUUGUGUGGCAUUGCAGGCUCUGUCCGAAUAUGCGAUCCUGUCAUAUGUGGGCGGAGUAAAUCUCACUAUAUCUCUGGCUUCAACUAAUCUGGAUUUUCAAGAAACUUUUGAACUUCAGUGGGACAACAAGAAGAUUCUACAAAAAGCUGUGAUACCCAGCAUUCCAACAGGACUGUUUGUCAGCGCUAAAGGAGAGGGCUGCUGUCUAAUGCAGAUUGAUGUAUCCUACAAUGUGCCUGAUCCUGUGGCCAAACCAGCUUUUCAGUUGAAAGUUGACCUUAAGGAGCCAAGGCAGGAGCAACACAUCUUGCCAUCCUCACGACACAUAUCUCCUCGCACACGUUCCCGUGCUGACAACCGCUCAGAGCUGACUCGCAAAAGAAGGGCUCCUGUGGAUGACGAGGACCCUGCAGGCCACCAAGAUCACCUGGACUACCGUGUUACUUUGGAGGUCUGCACCAGGUGGCUACAUGUUGGUUCAUCCAACAUGGCUGUCCUAGAAGUCCCUCUGUUAUCUGGUUUCCGUGCAGAUAUUGAGAGUUUGGAGAGGCUCUUGCUGGAUAAGCGAGUGGGGCUGAAGAGGUACGAAGUAGAUGGACGAAAGGUUCUCUUCUACUUUGAUGAGAUCCCCAGUCAGUGCAUGACCUGUGUGGCCUUCAAUGCUGUAAGAGAGUAUAUUGUGGGAAAGACAGCUCCAGUGCCAGUGAAAGUCUAUGAUUAUUAUGAACCAGCAUUUGAAGCCACUCGUUUCUAUAAUGUGAGUGAGAGCAGUCCUCUAGCACGAGAACUUUGCGAUGGCACCACAUGUAAUGAAGUGGAAAGUUCCCGCAAUCAUUGGACAGGCUUUGUGCAAGGCAGCCAGUGCAACAACAUUUUUGACUGUCCAGAAGAGGAACACUAUGAGCGAUGUACCUGUUAUCGUGACUGCGGCUAUGAUGGCGAGCCAGUGUGUGGUUCAGAUGGCCAAAUCUACCAGAACCAGUGUCAGAUGGAAGUGUCUGCUUGCAGAAACAGCACACGGAUUGAACAGAUGCCUUUCAGCCACUGCCCACAGACGGGGGUAGUAGCUGUAGAAGAACGAGAGCGUGCGACAGGAGAAGAACCAGAGCAGGAACCUAUACUCAUUCCUGCAGGAGGAGAGGAGCCAGGCUCUGUGGCUGAGGUUUCUUACUAUUCGUAUGAGUACGACCCUGACACAGACGGCUUUUCACCAGAUAGCGAGGAGAAAUUAGUGCCUAUAGGAGAAGAACAGGACACACCAGACACCACACAGCCUUUGAGCAGACAUAUCCUCACAGUGGACACAAAGGACUCACCUGAGCGAUGAAACUCCUGGAUCCCAGCAGCAAGUGCGAGAGCUCAACAAUGUACAUUCUCUGUGAAUAUGUUUGUGUGAAAGAAGCGCUGGAAGAGACAGGUGAACCCCGUCUGUUGGAACGAAAUGACAGCUCUUUUUGUGUGUGCGUGUGUGUUCAAAAAGAGAGGCAAUAUCAGUACUCCUCUUGUUUUAAAUUCAUUUCCAUAGCUCUUUAUGUUUAGUGAUAUGACGUCUCCCUGUAUUCCUCUAGUUUUAACAGUCUAGUAUUUAUGUCUGUAAGUAUGAUUUACCUAAAAAUCCAAUAUUUUAAUUGUGUUUGUUUACUAUCUGUGGUAUUUAUUUGUGGCUAGUGCUUUUGUCUGAUUGGUUCGUUCUCAUGUAAUUUCCUCAAAUUUGCAUUGAACACAAUCUAAAUGUGCUAUAAAUUGAAAUGCACUUCCAGAGCAAAACAAAAAAUUGUGCUUUAAGGUGUGUAGCUAUUUUUUAUUUCUUAUUAAUGUCCGAUUCGUUCACCGGAGAGGAGACUGUAACUGAUAUAUAAGCUUCCUGUCCAGUCAGCCUGUGCUAUUCAAGGCUCUGCCAGUGCUCUGCUACAUUCUCAGAAAUACCUUUUCAAAAGGUAAAAAUUUGAACCAACAAGGUCCAUAUCAAUACAUCAAGGGUACAUAUUAAUUCAUAAAAAAAUACAAAAAUGUUCCUUUUAAAUUUUAAGGUACUAAUAUAUACUUUUGAGGUACCAAUAUCGACCCUUUAAGUACAAAUGAACAGCUUGUACAACUUUUGAAAAGGAACCACCCCAGUGACAGCUUGCGUAACUUUGUUUCUGAGAAUGUACACAAACUGGAAUAUAAUUUGUACAGAAUAUAAGCUAUUUUGACGAAAAUACCAUGCUAAAUUGACCCUUUAUUGGGCACUCAUUGAAAUACUACAAAAUACCAAAACCAUGGAAAGUUAUUGAGGGUUAGAAGACUUCUAUGAUUUUAAAACACUAAUUUUAAGUAGGAAAUCAAGGUCAAUGAAGUUACCAUAUUUGAUUUUUUUUAUCCAUUAAAAGGGUAAAAUUGAUAGCACCUAAAAAAUCUGCAUCAUGAUCAUUAAAUUAAUAAUACAUUUUGGUUCAUUUCACUGUGUAUCCAGGUAUAAAAGAGUGAUUUUAAUAUCAUUUACUGUAUUGAAAGUUCCAUUAAAUAAAUGAUAAAAAUGCAUAUUCUGCAAAGUAUUCUGCCUAUGUAAAUUUUGAAAAUUAAUGUCAAAAGCGAAACAUUUAGAAAACAAUGAACAGAAAUACAUUUUAAUGCAAUCUG